AUGUCAUCUCCAGAUUUAGAUGAUGAAUUUGAUGAAUUUUUUGAUGAGCACUUUGAUAAUCUAUUUCAAGAUUGCCUAGAUGAUUAUGGCAGUGAUCAACAGCCAACUUCUUCAAGGCGGCCAAGAGCUUUUAUUGAUAGAGGACGCGAGGAAGGGCAUAUUCGUUUAUGGAAUGAUUAUUUCAGCGAAAAUGCUACUUACUCUCAAGCUAGUUUCCAUCGUCGUUUUCGAAUGAACAAGUCAUUGUUCAUACAUAUUCUUGAUGCACUAUCCAAUGAAGUACCAUAUUUCCAACAAAGAAGAGAUGCUACGGGAAGGUUGGGUCUGUCUGUAUUACAAAAAUGUACAUCAGCCAUUCGUAUUUUGGCAUAUGGUUGUGCAGCUGAUGCGGUUGAUGAAUACCUCCGCCUCGCAAAUAACACCGCAAUGCUAUGA